AAAACCCGCGGAGCUCUCUGACUUCAACACCGGACCACCUCGCGCUCCCUUUUCUCAGCUUCAUUCAUGCGCUGCUGAGCCAGAGGAGCUGAAGAUGAAGAGCAGUCUGUCUCUGGCGGCGGCUGCCCUCCUGGCACUGCUGCUGUCCUCCUCUCAGGCCCAGGGUCAAGUCGACCCUCCAUCAGAUUUGAGGUUUAAGAUUUUAAAUGAGAACACAGUGCAAAUGAUCUGGAGCAGACCACAGUCAAGGAUACAGGGCUACAGAAUACAAGUGACCUCAGACACAGAAGAACCAACAAAAGAAUUUACUCUGCCUGCAUCUGCGACUAAGACCUCCAUCUCAGACCUGAGUCCAGAUGUGGAUUAUGUCGUAACGAUAUCUGCCUACGCUGGAUCAGAGGAGAGUCUGCCCAUCUCCGGCCAGAUCACACUUGAGUCAAGCGGCAGAACAAGAGGACCUUCAAGGAAACCAGACACACACACAGAUUCAGUCAAAUGCUCCGUCAGCGCCAUCGCCGACGUGGUGUUCCUGGUGGACGGCUCCUGGAACGUGGGCAAGCCGAACUUCAAAUACAUCCGCAACUUCAUCUCAGCGACGGCCGGCGCCUUUCAGAUCGGAGAGGACAAAACCCGGGUGGCCGUGGUCCAGUACAGCAGCGACGCACGAACAGAGUUCAACCUGAACACACACCUGACCCGACCGGCGCUGCUCCGGGCCAUCGGCUCGCUGGCGUACAAAGGAGGAGACACCAUGACAGGCAAUGCUCUCGACCACCUCCUGAAAAACACUUUCAGCGAGGCAGCUGGCGUCAGGAAGGGUUUUCCCAGAGUGCUGGUGAUCAUCACAGAUGGCAAAUCUGAGGAUCCAGUGGAGAGUUACGCCAGGCAGCUCAGGAGCAGGGGGGUGGAGAUCUUUGUCCUCGGUGUCCAACAGGCCGAUGAAGAGGAGAUGAAGCUCAUGGCCUCUACUCCGUACAGAAGUCACAUUUAUAAUGUCGCCAGCUUCAACGCAAUCAAGGAUGUUCAGAGAGAGCUCAUUACUCAGGUGUGCACUGGUGUCGAGGAUCAACUCAACUCACUCGCCAGUGGAGAUGAAGUCGUUGAGCCAGCCUCUAACCUCCAAGUCCUGGAAGUGGCCUCAAAGUCCAUACGGGUGACCUGGGAUGCCUCUAUUGGAGAGGUUUCAGGAUACAAGGUGCGGAUGAUCCCCAUGAUGGCCGGCAGCAAGCGGCAGGAGCUCUACGUGGGCCCGGGCCAGACCUCGGUGGUGGUCAGGGACCUUUCUCCAGACACGGAAUAUCAGAUCAGCCUGUACGCCCUGAAGGGCCUGACACCCAGCGAGCCCGUCACAAUCAUGCAGAAGACGCAGCCACUUAAAUUGUCACUGGAAUGUUCUCUUGGUGUGGAUGUUCAGGCUGAUGUCGUCCUCCUGGUUGACGGUUCCUACAGCAUCGGUCUGGUGAACUUUGCUAAAGUAAGAGCUUUCCUGGAGGUGCUGGUGAACACCUUUGACAUCGGGCCAAAUAAGGUUCAGAUCAGCUUGGUCCAGUACAGCAGGGACCCCCACACAGAGUUCUACCUGAACACUCACCAUGACCUGAACGCCGUGGUCAAGGCUGUCAGGACUUUCCCGUACCGCGGUGGCUCCACCAACACCGGCAGGGCCAUGACUUAUGUGAGAGAGAAGAUCUUUCAGACCACCAGAGGGGCACGCUCCAACCUUCCCCGUGUCACCAUCCUCAUCACUGACGGGAAGUCAUCCGAUGCCUUCCACGAGCCAGCCACCAAGCUGAGGAAUGCUGAUGUGGAGAUCUUCGCUGUGGGUGUAAAGGACGCUGUACGAUCUGAGCUGGAGGCCAUCGCCAAUAAGCCUGCAGACACCCAUGUGUACACUGUAGAGGAUUUUGAUGCCUUCCAGAGAAUUUCUAAAGAACUCACACAGUCCAUCUGCCUGAGGAUCGAGCAGGAACUUCGCAACAUCCAGCAGAGACAACUGGUCCCACCCAGGAACCUGUCCUUCUCAGAGGUUGGCCCCAAAAGCUUCCUGGCCUCCUGGGAGAUCGAUGCCACCAACGUCGAGUCCUAUUUGGUUCAGUUCAAGCCAGCAGAUGACGUCGAUGGCUAUUAUGUGUCCAUGUCUGUGCCCGGGCACACAGUUACCACCCUCGUCCCGCACCUCAAUCCAGUCACCCGCUAUGAAGUCAGCGUUUAUGCUCAGUAUGAGAAAGGGGACAGCUUGCCUGUGACGGGCUAUCAGACCACUUCAGAAGACCAAGGCUCUGUGCAGAACCUGAGAGUAACCGAAGAAACCACAGACAGCUUCAGAGUAUCAUGGCAGCCAGCUCCAGGAGCCGUCAAUCGUUACCAGUUGAAGUAUGAACCUGUUGGGGAUGAACGGUGGAAGCUAGAGACGACCACUGUCGGUCCUGAGACAACAAUUGUGCUGCAGGAGCUUCAGCCUCAAACCACCUACCGCGUCACCGUCAUUCCCGAAUACCAGUCCGGCUCUGGAGUGCCAAUGCAGACUGAUGGCACUACCAAAGAAGCCAGGGGAUCCCCUCGAGACCUGAGGGUUUCCGACGAGACCGUGUCCUCCAUGAGGGUCUCCUGGGAGCCGGCACCGGGGAAUGUGCUCCAGUACCGCUUGGCCUACAGACCGUCUGCUGGCGGCCCCAAGAAGGACGUAUCAGUGAAGGGAGACAACACGGCCGUCCUCCUGAAGAACCUGCAGCCGGGCACCCAGUACACCAUCUUCGUCAGUGCGCGAUUCCCGUCCGGCCUGGGUGACCCCCUGGAGGGACAAGGCACCACACUGGAAGAUGUGGGCCCACCUAAAAACCUGGCCACCAGGGACGUGACCGACACCAGCUUUGCAGUGUCCUGGACGGCGGCGCCCAGUAACGUGAAGAUGUACCGGCUUCGAUGGAACUCGCUGUUCACUGAGGAGGCUGGAGAGAAAACGGUGCCAGGAGACGUUACCAACACCGUUCUGGAGGGUCUGAGUCCGGAGACGCUCUACGAAGUUUCUGUGGUCGCCGCCUACGAUCACAGAGACAGCGACCCGCUCACUGGACAGGAAACCACUGACGCAUCUGCUGCUGGUAAAAUGUUGACCGUGUCAGAUGAGACCGAGCGAACCAUGAAAGUCACGUGGAUGCCGGCACCGGGGAAGGUGGGCCACUACCGGCUGAAGCAUGUUCCCAGUGCUGGAGGGAGAGAAGUGACCCUCAAGAUCCCUGGGACGGCCACUUCUGCCACCAUGAAGCGCCUGAACCCCAUAACCACUUACAACAUCACCGUUCACCCCAUCUACAAGCGCGGGGAAGGAAAAGCAAGGCAAGGAGUAGGAACGACACUGUCGCCUUACAAGCCUCCAAGAAACCUCCAGACCUCAGAGCCCACCAAUAACAGUUUCAGAGUCACUUGGGAUCCAGCACCUGGAGAUGUUAAAGGCUACAAAGUCACCUUUCACCCCACUGGGAAUGAAGUUGACCUGGGGGAACUCCUUGUUGGCCCCUAUGAUAGCACAGUCGUUCUAGAGGAACUCAGGUCAGGAACAAAGUACUCUGUCGCCGUAUUUGGGAUGUUUGAAGGAGGGCAGAGUUUGCCUCUGGCAGGAGAGGAGAAGACGACCCUCGUAGGGGUGCCUGAACCGCCUCCUCUCGAUUCGUCUGACACCCAGUGUAAGACCACGGCCAUGGCCGACAUCGUGCUGCUGGUCGACGGCUCUUGGAGCAUCGGCCGCAUCAACUUCAAAACCAUCCGCAACUUCAUCGCUCGCAUGGUCAGCGUGUUCGACAUCAGCCCCGAAAGAGUCCAGAUUGGUCUGGCUCAGUACAGUGGAGACCCAAAGACUGAGUGGCACCUGAACGCCCACCCGACCAAGGCGUCCCUGCUGGACGCCGUCGCCAACCUUCCGUACAAAGGAGGCAACACCAUGACAGGAAUGGCUCUGAACUACAUCCUUCAGAACAACUUCAAACCCAACGUGGGGUUGCGUGCGAACUCCCGCAAAAUCGGAGUCCUGAUCACUGACGGAAAGUCCCAGGACGAAAUCGUCUUCAACUCGCAGAACUUGAGAGACAGCGGCAUCGAGCUCUAUGCGAUCGGUGUGAAGAACGCUGACGAGAACGAGCUGAGGUCCAUCGCCUCCGACCCCGAUGAAAUCCACAUGUACAACGUCAACGACUUCCAGUUCCUGCUGGACAUCGUUGACGACCUCAGCGUCAACCUGUGUAACAGUGUCAAGGGUCCAGGCGGUGAACUGGAGGCACCCACCGACUUGGUGACCUCAGAGGUGACCCACCGCUCCUUCCGUGCCACCUGGACGGCGCCCAGCAGCUCUGUCGACAAGUAUCGCGUCACCUACAUGACUGUGGCUGGAGGACCCACCCAGGAGCUGAUGGUCGAUGGGUCUGUGACCACCGUAGUCCUGGAAGGCCUGACGCCUCUGACCGAGUACCUCGUCAAUGUCUACUCCGUGGCUGGGGAGGAGAGCAGCGAGCCUCUGAAGGGCACUGAGACCACCUUGCCCCUGUCAGCUGUGAAGAACAUGAAUGUUUACGACGAGACCUCAAGCACCAUGAUGGUGAGAUGGGAGGAGGCGGACGGUGCCUCAGGCUACAUGCUUCUGUACAAAUCCAUCAAUGCUACAGAGCCACAGGUGGAGAAAGAGGUCCGCGUUGGAGGAGAUGUAACUAACGUCCAGCUGGUGCAGCUGAUACCCAACACAGCGUACACCAUCUCACUUUUCGCCCUGCACGGAGAAGCUGCCAGCGACCCUCUGGAGGGGGUCGGAGUCACCUUGCCCAGGCCUCCUGCUGGAGUCCUCAGAAUCACUGAUGUUACUCACAGCACCAUGAGGCUCAACUGGGACGCUGCUCCUGGAGCGGUCCGCAAGUACAUCAUCACUUACAAACCAGAGGAAGGAGACCUGAAAGAGGUUGAGGUCAACGGCGACAUCACCACCUUGGACCUGUCCAGCCUCAUCUCCCAGACUGAGUACGAUGUGGCCGUCACCCCGAUCUAUGACGAGGGACCAGGAUCACCAAUGCUUGGAACCGCUAUCACAGAUGUUGUUCCUGCCCCCAAGAACCUGCAGUUCUCUGAGGUGACCCAGACCUCGUUCAGAGCCACCUGGGAGCACGGAGCCCCGGACGUGGCCCUCUACCGCAUCGGUUGGACCAAAAGGGGGGAGACCAAUUACCAGUUUGCCAUCCUGAGUAGCGAUGAGACCUCCCACGUUCUGCAGAAUUUGGACCCCGACACCGAUUACUCCGUCCAGGUCACUGCGAUCUACCCCGACGAGUCUGAGAGCGAGGACCUGAUGGGAAACCAGCGCACAUUGUUAAAGGCAACGGAUGUGCCUCCUGAGCCCCCUCGAAACUUGAGGGUCUUCAACGCCACCACCUCCGCGUUGUCGUUGAGGUGGGACGCCGCCCCCGGCCCCGUCCAGAACUACAAGAUCACCUACAAGCCCAUCGCUGGAGGCGAGCCUCUCUCGACGCAGGUUGGAGGGAAGAAGACCGGCGUCACCCUGCAGAAGCUGGAGCCCGACACUCAGUACUCCAUCACUGUGGCCGCCGUGUACCCCACCGGCGUCAGCAGAGACAUCUCCGGCGAAGGACGAACCAAGCCUCUGGGUGGAGUGAAGAACCUGCAGGUGUUGAACCCCACCAUGACCACCCUGAAUGUGCGCUGGGAGCCCGCCGACGGCCGAGUGAAGGAGUACAAAGUCAUUUAUGUUCCUGCCGCCGGAGGAGCUGAGAGCAUGGAAACAGUGUCUGCAGGCACAACCAACACCAUCCUGCGAAGCCUGCAGCCUGACACCCUCUACACCGUCUCUCUGGUGCCAGUUUACGCUGGAGGAGACGGAAAGACCAUGUCUGAAAACGGAAGGACAAGGCCACUUGGAGGAGUGAAGAACCUGAGGGUGACAGACCCCACCAUGACUUCUCUGACUGUGAACUGGGACCCGGCUGACGGAGCCGUUCGCCUGUACAAAGUCUUCUUUGUGCCCGCUACUGGCGGCCUGGAGGAGAUGGAGCAGGUUCCUGCAGGCACCACCUCCAUCAUCCUCAGGAACUUGUUGCCCGACACGCCAUACACAGUGUCGGUGUUACCGGUCUACCCUGCCAGGGAAGGAAAACGCCAGUCAGAGAACGGAAAGACAUUACCUUUGAGCGGAGUGGGCAACAUGAGGGUGACCAACCCGACCAUCACCACCCUCACCGUGACCUGGAAUCCUGCCGACGGCAACGUUCAGGGCUACAAAGUGAUCUACGUUCCUGCAGAUGGAGGACUGGAGAUUGUGGAACAAGUGUCAGAGAGCACCACCAAGACCGUCCUGGAGAAGCUUCUACCGGACACCCGCUACAGCGUCACCGUGGUCCCCGUCUACGCAGAGGGGGACGGGCCCAGUCUGUCUGACUCUGGCAAGACAAAGCCGCUGGGUUUUGUGAGGAACCUGCAGGUUAUCGAUCCCACCACCAGCACCCUGAACGUCCGCUGGGAGCCCGCUGAGGGCAACGUACGCGAAUACAUCGUGAUCUGGGUGCCCGCUGCAGGAGGAGACCAGGAUGUGGAUCAGGUGUCCGGAACCACCACCUCCACCGUCCUGAAGAACCUGGACCCGGACACCGAGUACACCGUCACCGUCGUGCCUGUCUACCAUGAGAUGGAGGGCAAACCGCAGUCUGAAAAUGGGAAAACAAAUCCUCUGGGUGGAGUGAAGAACCUGCAGGUGGUCGACCCGACAAUCAACACUCUGACGGCCCGCUGGGAACCGGCGGUGGGCAACGUCCGCACCUACAAGAUCUUCUACGCAGCUCAGCCAGGAGGAGAAGAACGAAUGGAGGAGGUGUCAGGAGGCACCACCAGCACCGUCCUGAGGAACCUGGAUGCCGACACCGUCUACAACGUGGUUGUUGUUCCUGUGUACCCAGACGUGGAGGGCAUACGGCAAGCCGAGAAGGGAAAGACAAAGCCUCUGGGCGGAGUGAAGAAUCUGCAGGUGAUCGACCCCACUACCAACUCCCUCCGGGUUCGCUGGGAGCCGGCCGAGGGCGACGUCAGGCAGUACCAAAUCAUCUACGUCCCCGCCGCCGGAGGAGCCGAAAGCAUGACGCAGGUUUCUGGAAUGUCGACCAACACGGUGCUGAGAGACCUGCGGCCCGACACCGAGUACAAAGUAACGCUGGUGCCUAUUUACUCCGACGUGGAGGGGAAGAGAAUGUCAGAGAACGGAAAGACAAAGGCUCUGGGCGGAGUGAAGAAUCUGCAGGUCACUGAUCCCACCACCAGCUCCCUCAAGGUGCGCUGGGAGCCGGCGGAGGGCAACGUCCGCCAGUAUCGCCUCUUCUAUGUUCCUGCAUCCGGGGGCGCCGAGGACAUGGAGCAGGUGUCGGGCGGCACCACCAACACCAUACUGAGGAACCUGCUGUCAGACACCCCCUACACUGUGACGGUGGUCCCGGUUUACCCAGAGGGGGAAGGUCUCCGCCAGUCCGAGAACGGAAAGACACUCCCACGCACGCCACCCAGGAACAUCCAGGUGUACAACCCCACCCCCAACAGCCUGAACGUGCGCUGGGAGCCCGCCUCAGGCCAGGUUCAGCAGUACCGCGUGGCUUAUUCCGCCCUGUCUGGGGUCAGACCCACAGAGUCGAUCCUGGUUCCAGGAAAUAUUAACAAUGCCUUCCUGGACAACCUGAUCCCAGAUACUCCAUAUUCUGUCACUGUCUCGGCUCUGUACGCCGACGGAGAGGCAUCGCCAGUCAGCGGCACCAGCAAAACACUGCCACGUGCCGGUCCCAGGAACAUGCGCGUGUUUGACGCCACCACCAGCACCCUCACCAUCGGCUGGGACCACGCAGAGGGUCCCGUGAGGCAGUACAGGAUCGCCUACGCCCCCAUGACCGGAGACCCCAUCACUGAGUUUACUGUGGUCCCAGGCAACAGAAACAAUGCCAGGCUGCAGAAUCUGCUCCCUGACACCCCGUACAACAUCACCGUAGAGGCCGUCUACGCCGAGGGCCCCGGAGGGUCCCUCGAUGGGAUCGGACGUACAGUCGGCCUGCUGAGUCCCAGGAACCUCCGGGUCUCGGAUGAGUGGUACACCAGGUUCAGGGUGGCCUGGGACGCGGUGCCAGCUCCUGUGCAGGGAUACAGACUGAUCUACUCUCCUGCAGGCUCGACCACAGACCAGCCCAUAGACUUCUUCGUGGGCGACGUGACCUCUUACACUCUGCACAACCUGCAGCCUGGAACCACCUACGAUCUUAAAGUGGUGGCUCAGUACACCGGCGGCAUGAGCGCACCGCUCGAUGGACAGGGAACAACACUCUACCUGAACGUGACCAACAUUGAGACCUACAACGUCGACCACGACAAGUUCUGCAUCAAAUGGUCUCCUCACCGUGCCGCCACGUCCUACCGCAUCAAACUCAACCCCCUGGACCCCUCCAGUAAAGGACAACAUGAGAUCACCAUCCCCGCCGGGCUGCCUCAGUACUGCUUUGAUGGACUUUCUCCCGACGCUCUGUACACCGCCACCGUCUUCGUUCAGACCCCCAACCUGGAGGGUCCGGGAGUCAGCGCCAAGGAGAGAACAUUGGUGAAGCCAACUCCAGUUCCAACACUCCCACCGACUCCAACCCCUCCACCCACCAUCCCCCCAGCAUGGGCAGUUUGCAGAGGUGCCAAAGCAGAUGUGGUGUUCCUCAUCGACGGCUCCUGGAGCAUCGGCGAGGAGAGCUUCACCAAAGUCGUGCACUUUGUCUCCGGUAUGAUCGGUGCCUUCGAUGUCAUUGGGCCCUCAGGAAUGCAGGUGUCAUUCGUGCAGUACAGCGACGACGCAAAGACAGAGUUCAGACUGAACGCUUAUCAGGACAAAGGUGUCGCCAUGUCUUCGCUUUAUCACAUCCGCUACCGAGGAGGAAACACCAAGACAGGCGUGGCGCUGAAACACACGUAUGAGAAGGCCUUCUCCCUUGAAAAUGGAAUGAGGAGAAACGUGCCGAAGGUGGUCGUCGCGAUCACUGACGGACGCUCUCAGGACGAAGUGAAGAAGAGCGCUGCCAAGCUGCAGCACGCAGGUUACAGCGUCUUUGCCAUCGGUGUCGCCGAUGUGGAUUUUGUCGAGCUGCAGGCGAUCGGCAGCAAACCCAGCGAGAGGCACGUCUUUGUUGUGGACGACUUUGAUGCUUUCGACACCAUCAAAGAAAACCUGAUCACCUUUAUUUGCGAAACCGCAACAUCAUCUUGUCCCUUGAUAUUCCUGAAUGGAUUCACUUCACCUGGCUUCAGGAUGCUCGAAGCCUUCAACCUGACGGAGAAGACUUACGGUUACGUUAAAGGCGUCUCGAUGGAGACGGGCUCCUUCAACAGCUACACAGCAUACAGACUCCACAAAAACGCCUUCCUGACUCAGCCCACAACAGACAUUCACCCUGACGGCCUUCCUCACGCCUACACCAUCAUCCUGAUGUUCCGCCUCCUGCCCGACUCGCCCACCGAGGCCUUCGACAUCUGGCAGGUGUCGAGCAAAGACCACAAGCCAGAGACCGGCGUCACUCUGGACCCCUCCAGACAGACCGUGUCCUUCUACAACAAAGACGAGCGCGGUGACCUCCAGAGGGUCACGUUCGACAGCGAUCAAGUGAAGAGGAUCUUCCACGGAAGCUUCCACAAGCUCCAUAUCCUGGUCUCAUCCACCGGCGUCAGACUCAACAUCGACUGCCAAGAAGUGGCUGAAAAGGAGAUCAAGGCCGCUGGAAACACGUCCAGCGAUGGCUACCAGGUUCUGGGCAAGAUGUCCAAGUCCAUCGGCUCCAAGGGAGAAUCAGCAACUUUCCAGCUCCAGAUGUUCGAUAUUGUCUGCAGCUUGGGCUGGACCAGCAGGGACAGAUGUUGUGACCUCCCGUCUAUGAGAGAUGAGCUGAAGUGUCCGUCUCUUCCCAACUCCUGCACCUGUACGUCGGAGGGCAACGGGCUGCCGGGGACUCAGGGCCCAGUGGGUGCCCCCGGCAGCAAAGGCCCCCGAGGUGAAAGAGGAGAGACCGGUUCUGUUGGACCGAUCGGCCCUCGUGGAGAUAGCGGACCACCUGGGCCCAUGGGUCUGCCCGGCCCUCAAGGACCCAGCGGGCUGUCGAUUCCAGGAGAGGCUGGCCGCCCUGGACCAAAGGGAGACGCUGGUGACUCCGGCUUACCCGGACAGAAAGGUUCACCUGGUCCUGCAGGUCCUGCCGGCCCGAUCGGAGCAGCUGGAGUGAGGGGCCCCCAAGGAAAGGAAGGACCGACUGGACCCAGAGGCCCCGCGGGGCCCAUGGGCCCUCCAGGAUCUCCUGGAAUACCAGGUGCUGCAGGAAAACCAGGAAACCCCGGAAACUCCGGCACUCCUGGUGCCAUCGGUCCAAAGGGAGACAAAGGAGAGAGAGGCGACUUCGCUCCUCAGAACAUGAUGCGAUCUAUUGCCAGACAAGUUUGCGAGCAGCUAGUAAACGCACAAAUGACUCGUGUCAACACGUUACUGAACCAGAUCCCCAACGGCAUGUACCGCAGCAACAACCCGGGUCCUCCGGGGCCUCCCGGUACGACUGGCAGGCCGGGGCCCCGCGGAGAGCCGGGCGCCGCGGGAAGGAACGGUUUCCCCGGAAGUCCAGGUUUACCCGGCCAGCAGGGAGAGAGAGGUCCUGCAGGAGAGAAAGGCGACCGAGGAGAGUCAGGAGUCGGACAGAAAGGACCGAGAGGACCCGCUGGUCCACCAGGAGAAAGCAGGACAGGAUCUACAGGCCCUCCAGGCUCCGCUGGACCUCGCGGUCCCCCCGGACGUCCAGGGUACGCCGGAGUCCGCGGGCCUCCUGGACCUCCUGGAUACUGUGACUCUUCUCAGUGUGUCGGUAUUCCUUACAACGGGCAAGGAUACGUAGGCCAAUUCCCUCCUGAGCCCGACACCCGAGUAGUCCCGGUCCCCGAGGAGGAUGAUGUGUCGCAAAACCAGCGUCGAAAGAGGUCGCUAUCAAGAAAGGCAUCCAAUUGGCCAACAUCAUAAGACAAGCCAUGUUCUCUUUUCUUUUUUUUCCUUGUUCAACCUGUGUUUGUUGUUGGAUUUAUGCACAUACAUAAACGAAAUGGGGUUUGACACCUCGGCUUUAUUGGAAAAUACCUUUAAAUGACUUCAAACGUAUGUGAAUAUUCACUGUUGUGGCAGGUGAAGGGCGUGGACGGACGGAGGGAGGGAGGGGCGACCUACGUUAAAAAAAACUAAGACUCCAUGAAAAAACCUGUGAGCUUUCUUUUUUCACUUGUCUUUUGCUUGUAACAUAUUUGCAUCAGGUUUGUAUUAACUCGCAGCAUUGAACCGUGCACUCAUUGUAACAAAGGUAAAGAAAAAGAAAGAUAAUGUUUGUUCACAGCGUCGGGAUAUCGGCUCUGUCCCACUUCAUCCAGUACGUUAAAUAUAAUCCUUCUCAGUCAGUGUCGUCUUCUAAGGAGGUUCAGCUUCAUAAUGGCAGUUAAACACAGCUCUCAUUUUGUAUCUCUAAACUUGAUAUUUAUCAGUUUUUCCUUUAUUCCGUCACAGCUAACUUUAACAAACGUGGAAUUGCAUGUCUGUGGUGUAUAUUUAGUAUUGUUUUGUGUUACAUUUCAUUUUGUUUUAACCAGAAUAUAGUUGUCGUCAUUCUUGUCAUUUUUCUCAGUAUCGAAUGCAGUCGAAACCUGCACGCAAGACUAUGGAAAUGGUGUUGCUGCUUCAUGUUUGAACUGCAGAUUGUGAAUUCCACAGCCUUAUUUUCUUAUUUAUUUCUGAAAACAGAAGAGGCAUUUUUCAAUAAAACUACUGAAAAUUU